AAACAAAUGUUUAAAUAUUCCACUUUUCUACAAUUCUAAAUGCAAAUGGCAAAUGUAAAGAAGUAAUGUGAAGAUUCAUUGAAGAUAAACAAAGCUAAAAAAAAAUUUUUUUCAUUUUUUAAAGUUAUGACAGUGACUAUAAUUUAAUAUAAAUGGCUAAGCCAAUAAGAAUAGCCUAAGUAACUAAGUCACUAAGUAACUAAGUUAGUUAAGUAAGUACUGACUAAACUAAAGACUAAAACUAAGUAAUAAUAUAAAUAAAUAUAAUAUAAUAAAUUAUAAAUAAUAAGUCUCAGUUUAAAUUCACAAACCAAAGUGACCAUGAAAUAAAACAUGCCUGAAUCUUGUAAAUUAAUGUCUACAUUAGUCGUAAGUAAGAAAUAGUGGAUUCUUCAGUAUAAAGUUUCAAGUCAUUAUCAGUAAUUAUCAUAAAGCUGUUACACUGUUAAUAACUUAUUUUAAGAUUAAGAAAGAUAUUGCUUGGAGUCUUACAAAUUACAUGCAACAUAUCAUAGACAUAGGGCAGGGAAUGAUAGUGUCAAUGCUGUGGCAUUUACCAUAAAUUCAUAAAUUUAGAAUUUUAAAACUUGUGGGGCUAACUUAUUACUUUUCAUAUUAUUGGAUGAAAUCCUUUGCCUUUGAGCCCUUUGUGUCUAUGAAUAAGCCAGAGGGAGAAGUACAGGCUUAACUUCGUUUAAGUUUAAUGUUUAUUACUAUACUAUUACUAUUAGUUUAUAUGAAAACUACCCCCCACCCCCCAAAAUUAAUCCAUCAAUUGCAAUUUAUCUCUUAAAAUCUACUCUUAAUAGAAACUGAGAAUAAUGUAUGUAAAAACAAAAGGUUACAUUCAAUAUUUUUAGUUUUAUUAUGACCUUCCAAUUAAACCCAAGACCACAACAUCUUUACAAUGUCUUUAUUUUAAUAUACUCUAGAGGUUGGGACUUGGGAUAAAAUUUCUGCCUACGAAAUAAUUUUUAAAAGUUUGGACUAAUGCAAGUGCAUAAAAUAAAGUUUGCCAACUCAGUAAUAAUUAAGUUACUUUAAUUUAAUUCACAGUAAAAAUGAAAAGAAAAUAAUUUUUCAUUUGUUAACUAUAUAUAGUAUAUCAUUAUAAUCCAACUAAUUUGUUUUCCUUUCUUAUUUUAAAUUAGGUGCUAAGUAUUGACUAAAUGCAAGUAAUGCAAAACAAAAGUAUAAACAUAUAAACAUUAGUCAAGUAUGGCAAAUGAAAUUGGUAAGAGGGAGAAAGUAUAGAAGAGGUUAUAAGUUAUAGAGUCUUGGUAGAUGGUAGGGGUUAGCGGAUGUAAGGGUAACAAAGAACUCUUAGAGAAGAAAUGGGAAGGUAAGGAAAUCAUGUAGAGUCAUUAGGUUUCAUUUAGGAAGGAAAUAAUGGGGGGGGGGGGGUGAAAUAGAUUUUGGNUGUAGAUGAUGAUUGGAAGAUAGUAGAGGGGGGGGGGGGGCUACAGAUGGAUGGGGGUUAAAGAAGAAUCAGACAUUUUUUAAAAAUGAUUUUCAAAUCUUUUUAAGCUGAGCAUUACCAGAGAGAAAUAAAAUUAAUGUUUAUCAGUUAAGUGCUACAGCCAAUAGAUACUUGUAAAUUGGAGAGGGUCAGGGUGAAAGAGUAAAUUGUAGUUGCAAUUGAAUGAAUAAUAUAAGGGGGUUGUGGGUAGGUGUGGGGAUUAGGAGACAAUAGGAGUAAAAUUUUGGUGGAAAUGGUGAUCUUUGUGUUUCGAUGAAGCGUUUAUAUAAUAUUAUAAGUCAAUUUUUAAUCAUUUAAAAAAAUUCACAAUACAAUGCCACACAGUAAAGAAAAUAAUUUAAGAAACUUUAAAAGUCAAUAUUUGAGGAUGGAGACAUUUUGAUGAUGUGAAAUGAGUUACAUUGGUGUACAAUUUGUAGCCCUUCAUUCAUUUAAAAUUUAAUAACACGGCAUUAUGCAAUCACACAAAGCACAAACAGUCUUAUUUUGUCUUUAUAUAAAAUUAAUGUAAUGUCUUUGCGCAUUAGCUUUUUCAGCUUCAGCUAAUAUCGGUAUGCCAUAAUAAUGACAAAAAUUACUGGCGAAAAUAUUAAAGCUGAAUCUUCAAUCAAUACUGAAAAAUGGGAUGGCGAGGAGUUGGCAAAAGUAAGUAUUAGUGGUAUUCAAAUUUAAUCUAGCGUUUUUUAAUUUUUGUUUCAAAAUUAACAAAUAUAUGCAAACCAUCAGAAAUUCAAUUUUUCAAUGUUGCCUUUAUUAAGUGAAAAAAAAAUGGUUUGGGAUAAAAUAUGCAAAUUAUACUGGUUUAUGAAAAACAUUAACUUAUAUUUCUCUUAUAGAUUUUGGUUUAUAUACUUAUGAAUUUAACUUAUUUAAACAAAAUUAAUCUGCCAGUAUAGAAAUAAAAUUUGUACAUUAAACCUAUGUUAAGGAGGAUGGUUUAGAUGUGGUUUCUUUUGAAUAACUUGAGUUGAAAUACUAUUUAAUACCCUAUUCAUACUUUCAUAUCAAUGUUAAAAUGGCUAUGGUUCACAUCUGAUCCGUAUUUCUUUCUAACUGACAGGUAAGAAUUCGACUAUUGAAAGGUCACACACAUAGUGUAAAUAAUUGUCAGUUCAUUCAAGACUCUCACACAAUUUUUAGCUCAUCAUCUGAUUGUAGUGUUAAAUUGUGGAACUCAAAAACUGGAGAGUGUGUCAGAAGCUAUGAUGACUUACACAACUCCAACAUUUCCCAAGCAUGUUGCUUGUCUGAUGGAUCAAAGUAUGGUUUAUAAACUUACUUAAUGUCCUUUAUGAUAAAAUAAGUUAUGUGAGAAAUAGAGUAAAAUAGAAAUCUAUAGACCAAAAAUUUCUUAAUGGGAUUACUUUCUGUCAAAACAGUUUAUAAAAAGCAUUUUCUCUACUCCAUGAGAAAAGUCAUUAUAUUAAUUGUAAACUUAUAAAUAAGUAAAUAAGUUUAUUGGUUUCCAUCUUUCGUUGGAAAAAUUUAUGUUAUUUUAUUUGUAAUUUUUUUGGUCUUAUGCUUAAAUUUUUGUGAUUCAGAUUCUUAUCAUGUGGAUGGGACAAAAAGUUCAAGUACACUGAUACAGAGACUGGACAAUGCCUAGUAAAAUAAUUUUUAAACUUAAUUAGAUUUAAUAACUGAUAAUCUUUAUUAACCAACAAAUAUAAAAUGAGUAAAACAAAGUAAGGUUAAACCUGAAAAAAGGCACGCAACAAAACACCGAACUUGUUGGCAGGAAGCCUUCAUCAGCGAACAAAACAACAGAAAAAACAGUAUAAAAAUUUAAAAUAGCACUUAGCCUAGAAGUAGUAUCUGUGGGGAGCAAAUGAAUUGUGACAGAAAGUAAGUGAGUGAGAGAUUAAAUAAGGAAGAGGGAAAGAAAAGAGGAGAAGUAAGUCCCCUGCAGUCUCUCCCCUUAUCACCCCUUAACCAACAAAUGUUUCAUAAGAUUCAGCCUUCAAACUGAUGGUCUAUUCCCUUUCCUAAACAGUGACUAAUUUUUCCUAAAUUUUUUUCUAUUAAUAAAUUAAUUUCUACCAUUUUUUUUUAAAAGUAACAUCAUGCAAAAUAACUAGUCUUAAUGGCCAAUCAGCAAUGAGAAUACAGGAGAACAAAAAUAAAAAAUUGAACAUUUUAAUAUAACCUGAGACAAGAAACUGAAGCAAACAAACAGUUUGAUGUAUGCUUUUCCUUAAAAUAUUUUCAUAUCUCAAUACCCAUUAAAAAAAAAACAAAGGAGUCAAGUAAUGCCAUUAAGACUUAGUAAAUGACCCUGUGAUUAGUAAGCCCUUUCUUUGUACCUUAAACUAAUUUAUGAAAUUACUUAGAAAAUUGUCAUUUUUCAGAUUGAGAAAAACCAUGACGAUUUCCUGACCUGCUGUCAGAUUUCCCAUGACAGAAAAUUAAUUGCUGUCGGAUCAGACUUGGCUAAAAGUUUGAGGAUUUAUGAUAUUGAAAGUGGGGAAUUGAUUCAUGAACUUAAAGGUGAGUUUCUUUUUUUUUUUUUUUUUUUGAGACAUCAGGAAUAUGUAAGUUAGGUAAUAAAAAGAUAUUUUUAAUUAUAUUUUUGGAGGAAACCCUUUUUUAGAAAAAAUUAAAAAAUAACAUUUAUAAUAAAAACUAUGUAUUCAGAUUGAGAAAAACCAUGACGAUUUCCUGACCUGCUGUCAGAUUUCCCAUGACAGAAAAUUAAUUGCUGUCGGAUCAGACUUGGCUAAAAGUUUGAGGUUUUAUGAUAUUGAAAGUGGGGAAUUGAUUCAUGAACUUAAAGGUGAGUUUCUUUUUUUUUUUUUUAUUUGAGACAUCAGGAAUAUGUAAGUUAGGUACUAAAAAGAUAUUUUUAAUUAUAUUUUUGGGGGAAACCCUUUUUUAGAAAAAAUGAAAAAAUCACUAUUAUAAUAAAAACUAUGUCAUUUAGGUAUAUUAAAAAAAAAGAAAGCAGUAUUGUAAAUAGUUGAUAGAAAAUAAAAGAAUACUGUAACUAAAACAAUUUUUUUUCUAAGAAAGAUUUUCACAAGAGCAGUUUAACAAGCCUCAGAUUUGCACCAGGGGAUGACAAAGUCAUGACCACAUCCAUGGACAGGACAGCAAAGUUUUUUGAUUUGGUUUCUGGAAUUAAUACCAUAACACUUGAGUAUGAAACAAACACAUUUUAAGUAAACAUAAAGUGAUAUUCAAAUGUUAAAUGUACCUGAAAUGAUAUAUUAAAAGAUGAUAAAAGAAAAGCUUAUAAUAUUGACACUUUUAUUAUUUUUUGUAUUGUAAUUGUCUAGUCAAAAACAAAAUUAUACUGAGUAAAAAAUCAUUUACAUGAUAAAUAGACCAGACCAUAAUUUAAUAUAUUGUUUUGAUCAUUUAGUAAUCUAUAUUUUUAAGAGCUCGUGCUCGACGACCCACCAACGCUAUCUCCAAUGUGACAUUAUUAGUAACAUAUAACGCAGCUAGAUAAUAAAUCAUAUAUGAGAAUUAAUACUUUCAGAGGGCACACAAACAUUGUAUCCAGCUGUGCUAUCACUUAUGAUGAGAGGAAGUUUGCCACAGGUUCAUGGGAUAAAACAAUUCUCAUAUGGGAUGUUGCCACUGGCAUGUACAGGUAAAAUAUGUCAAAAUGUGAACAGCAUUAUAAAUCUUUCCAUGGAGGUUUUGUUUUUCUUUAUGCCUGUCAAAUAUGUACAUAUGAGCUUUGAACUUGUAAUUUUCUUUUAUUUUGGUACUGGUAUUUUAUAAACUGGCCUUGAGAUGGUUUUAAAUUAUUAUUUGAAAAAAGAAAAUUGAUGAAAAUUUCUGUGGUAGAAAUAUUAAAUUCAGGAAAACCAGAUUGGGACACCUUAUUUUUUGGUUUCCUUCAAUCACUAGAUCAAAAGGACCAACAGUUUUAAAGGGAAGUCAUGAGGGGUCAGUUAGCUGCUGUCAGUUCAGCAAUGAUGGUGAGUUCAUAAUCAUAAAACCAAAUGAAAUAUGAUAUAGUUUAAUUAAAAAAUUGCACAGUUGUUUCACUCACUUACUUGAAAUUUUAGCAAAAAAAAAUAUGUAACUGUAUAUAUUUUAAUAAACUUAGAGUAUAAUAAUUCUAUAAAGCACUUUCAAUCCUUGCACUUGAUUGAUGUGUUAUAAAUUAUAUUUUUAAUAAUGGAAGUAUAAUUUUAAUUCUAUGUUUCAGGGGUCCAAAAUUUCUAUUCAUAAUAUAAUGUCAUGAAUUUUAGUAAUUUAAAACAUUAGUCUGUUCCACUAUUUUUAUCAGGUUUGUUACUGGUAACUGGGUCCUAUGACAUGAGUAUUGUAGUAUGGGAUAUAGAGAACAGUGCACAGAAGUUGAAAUUACAGGUUGGCCCACUAUAUCUAUGUACAUCUGUUGUCAUUUAGUUAAUUUUGAUUAUUAUUGUGAUGAUGUCAUCUAGACCAGCGUUUCCCAAACUGUCAAAUUUUUCGGACUGGUUGACAAGUUUUGAAAUUCCACAACAUGUUUCCAGAUUCAUUAAUUAUAUUAUUUUUUUUUUAUUUCACCAUAAAUAUUCAUGGUCUGAACACAAUGUAAGGCUUCUGAACUGGUGCCGAUUGGGGGAACGCUGUCCUAGAGUGUACUUAAAAAUCUAUUAUUUAAAUAAAGAAAUUUUAAUUUUGUCAUUGUCAAAUUAAAAGCAUAAAAGACAAAAAGAAUCCUUUAAUCAAAGGAAAUUGUGUUUCAAUGAUUAUGGCAUUUUAAAAUAUAGAUCUAAAAUUUUUAAAAAAUGGGCAUCAGAAGAAUAUAAAUGAUAAGGCCUAUUUAAUAAUUUUUCUGAAAAUAUAAUCAUCAGUUUAAAUAAAAUAAUUUUAGACAUCUAAAUUGUAUACAUUAUAACUGGGUAAUGUCAUGUUAAAAAAUGGGUGGGGAGGUAUUUUUAUUUUGUUGUAAAUAUUAUCCCAACAUAAAUAAAUCAUGACAAGAAAAAAGUUGUUGAGAUUUUGAUUGAAGGCUGUUGUCAAAAAAAAAAAAUGAUAAUGCUUUUAUUGUGCACAAAGAAAAUAAUUAAUAAUUUCCAAGCAAAUAUUGAUUAACAUUCUAGGGUCACAUGGGUUGGGUGAAUGAUGUCUGCUUCAGUGCAGAUCAAAAAUGGCUGCUGUCAUGCUCUAAGGUAAGUUGAUGUUUAGUGCAGAGUAAUAGGAUUUUUGUUCUUCUUUUCUUUAUUUCUUUUCCUUAAAAUUUUACAUUCGUUUUAUAAGAGCGAAAAUUGUAGGUACCGGUAGCUUAUCAAAUGUAUAUAUCCCCUGCCUUGUGGUAAAUUGUUUUGUGCCUGGAUAAUUACAUCAAAGGAAACCUUUGACCAAUUGAUAAUUAGACAGAUAUGGUUAAAUAAAUUUUGUUUAAAUUUUUUAUGUUAUUUUUUAUAUAAAAUGAAUAAGAAACAAGAGUUAAAAUAUAAAAAAUACAAAUAGUAAUAUCUUGCUGUCACAUCUGGAUUGAUGAUACACAAUACAUAAUGUGGAGUAGCCGCCUAUUUCCAAAAUACUCAUAAAUAUCUUGACUUGCAGGACAAGACAAUUCGACUUUGGAAUCUGGAGGAGUCAGAUCAAAUACCAAUGGUUCUGGAAAACAAAAAGGCUGUGGGUGUCAAAGUUGUAAAGGUAAGCAGUACAACAGGCUGGCCAUGAAUAAGGGGCUAGUCUCUAGCAAUUGUAUGACAAGAUGAACGAGCUAGUGAAUUGUUUGUAUUUCCUUACACACAAGUUACAGCAUAUGCUAGGACUGCUUAGAGCAUUACUGGUUUGAAAACCAAGUGAAGUUCAAAAUAUUUUUAACCACCAGAUAUGAUUACAGUUAUAGAAUUGCAAUGCUACUUAUUACUCAGGUGGCUAUUUGUCAUAUUAUUCUUGAAAAGUUUUUAAGUUUCUUCUUAAGUCUGUAAACUCUGAAUUUAAACCAGGAGCCAGAAUGAUCAACAAAUUGAUCGUGGGCCCCUCAAAUAUAAGAAGAAGUCCAAAACCAUUUUUAAGAAAUGAAAAUUUAGUUUUUGACCAUUUAGAUAUUCUUUAUCACCACUCAUUUGUUAAAAUUUUGUUAUAAUUUUUGUGAUUUUUGUUUCCCUCUAAGUGAAGUGUAGCACUAAGUAAAUUUGUUGCAAAUUUGAAAAAAACAUAUAUUUGUCUCAAGAAGUAGAAGAGAAAAGAAUGCAAAUGGUAUAAUAUUCUUCUUUUUUUUUACUCCCCAGUGUUCUAAAUGUGCAAAGCCAUUUUCAUUAUCUCAAUUGGAGUCUUUUCAAGAUAUCACUGUCUGUGUUUUCUGUCGCCUGGCCAGUCCAGAAAAAUCAUGGCUUAGUUAUAAUGAAAUGGUAGAAAACUCCUGAAUUUAAAUUGUGUGCAGUGGAAGGAAGAUUUGCUUAAUACAGUCAUCACACUUUUUAUAAAUUUUUAUAUGAAAUAAACAAAUAAUAUUUGAAUAAUUUUUAGCAAGGUCUGCCAUACAUGCUUAUUUUUCCAUUUGCCUACAUUAAUGUCUUCAAAUAUGUUUUAAAUCUCAAAUUUAAUUGCCAUGAAAGGGUAAAAAAAAUUAUUAUUUCAAAAUGAACAAAGUGCAUGUCAAGUUCAGUUGGUGCAGGUGAUAUCCAUUAAUUGAUUGUAAUCAUGUAUGCAUUUUAUGAUUUAUUUGCCUGACAUCUUCACAUCAUCAACAUAGAUUUUUACUUGAUCAAAUCUAAAAUUAAAAUUUGAAUGUCUAGUGGUAUAGGCAGUUUCUAAUUAAACAACCCCCAAAAACUAAGUUUUUCUUAAAAAUCCUUUAUAUGCAUUUUUAUUAUUUACUUUAUAUAAAUAUUCUAAUUUCCCACCUGAUUUUACAUUGCAGAUUUAUUUCACCAACUAUUUCAGAAAAAUGAAAGAAAAUAAUAUGCACCAAACGUGCUUCCAAUAUGCUUUUAAAAUGGGGUUGGACUGAAAAAUUGAUAGAAUGUUUUGUCAUCGGCAACGAGUCUAUAUGACAAGUUUUAGUUCAACAGGUUCACAGGAAGUAGGUCAAUUAGCUGUCCCAAAUUUUUGCCAGCCAUGAACAAUAAGGAAGUUAAUAUAAAGGAUUUAAAUAGAAAAGUUUGUGUACAUUUCUUAAAAAUGGUAAUUACCCUAUGUUAGAAACUUAGCCAACUCACAGGCUUAACAACAAUCUGAAAUAUACCUUAGUUGAUGUAUAAUAAUACUACUAUACCAUAUAGUUAGUCGUAGUAUUAUACAUCAACUUAGGUAAUUUGGAGGUAGAUAUGCAUUUUUAAAACUGCAUUGCAUCUUUUCAGUCUAAGUACUUUGAAAAUGGUCCAAUUUUCUACAGGAUGGACUGCUUAAAAAGUAGGAGCAGUAGUUUAUUACCACUAGGGGGCAUUUCUACAUCUUCCCCCCCCCUCACUUUUUCUUUCUCCACAUGUAGCUCCCCCCCCCCAUCCAGAAUAAUAGUAAUGAUUAUGCAGAGCAAAGUCAUUAGAUUUAAACUUCUAAUCAAGUACGAUAAUAUUAUUCAUAUGAUUAGUCUGCCAGACCUGACAGUAAAACUUAAGAGCCCAAACUCGCAUCUUUAACAUUUGUUUAUAAAUAACAACCAAAUGUUUAGAGAGCAGUCUCCCUCACUAACUUCUCGGUGGUUUAAGAUUAUAGUUAAAUAGUGCAAAUAUAUCAGCCAUAGAGGACACUAGCAAUUUAAACAUACUGGAAUCCAUGCAGGGGGGCCUAAAGCAAUAUAUUUAAAAAAUUCUAGCUUGCGGACAUUCCAUGAUCCUUUAUACCCACUUACUUUGUCCUCAGUUACUGAAUCCCCCUUUCCCACAUCUUUAUUAAGGACCCGGAGGUAAACAAAUGUUGACCUAAAAAUUAAUUAUUGAAAUUAUAUAUUUUAAAAAUUGAUGUGUCGGAAAGUUUAGACCAAAGGUGGCCAACCCAAAAGGCUUCUGGGGGCCACUUUGAUAAGUCCAUUUGCAGGCUGCAUUUUAUUACUCCUUAUAUUUGAAAUAGCCACCCACUAAUUGCUGUUUAGAAAUGUUUAUCUAUUCUUGAUGAUUAUAAUGAAAUGCUAUAUAACAAAUCAGAAUUAAACCAAUGUGAUGUCAUUUU